AUGGCAAGAUCGGGUCUGCGUCGCUGGCUCACACGCGUCUUCACCAGUUGUCUAAAGGGCAAACACAAUGAGGAAGCAAAUAUCAUCAGGGUGCAUUGCGUGGACAGCAGUCACAACAAGAGAAUGGCGUCUACACCACUGCCUUCGAUCAAUAUCUCCCAUGUCCAUUUACAGCCUUGUGCACCAGUGAUCAACGACAAAUCAGAUGCACAAGAUAUAAUACUCUGGAACAAGACAAACCUUCUCGUCAAUGCAGCAGCGGCCUGGCAAAUUCGUCGCGUGAUGCCGGUUGAGGUCGCUAUUUUGGACAUAUCAGCAUUGGCAAAGAUGACUUCACCUAAGCUUGCUCAACGCUUCAAGGCUCUUCCUAUCCUCAUGGUGUUGCGCGCGGACAAUGAGACGCUGUGCCGGCUAUCUCUUGCCCUGCUGUCAAGAGAUUCAUUCGCACGGCUGACACUGCUUGAGAGACGUGCGAUUCAUAACGUCCUUGCGAAGAGACCGUAUGGUUGGACAGAAGCACAACUUUCACUGUACGCUGAGAGAGAACGUGAACUCAUUGCCGCUGCCGAUGCGAUCCCGAGCGGCCAGCACGAUUUGCUUUACACAGGGCAGCAAACUUUUUUAUACUCGACAUACGCUCGAGAACCGCAUGACUGGCUCGAGUAA